AUGCGGAUUCCAGGGCGACUGAACGACAGGAGAACCCCCCUGGGGGAGCUGAACUGGAUCUUCACGGCCAUCACGGACACCAUCGCCUGGAACGUCCUGCCGAGAGACCUUUUCCAGAAGCUCUUCAGACAGGACCUGCUGGUGGCCAGUUUAUUUCGGAACUUCCUCUUGGCCGAGCGCAUCAUGCGCUCCUACAACUGCACCCCGGUCAGCAGCCCCCGCCUCCCUCCCACCUACAUGCACGCCAUGUGGCAAGCAUGGGACCUUGCUGUUGAUAUUUGCCUCUCCCAGUUACCUACGAUUAUAGAGGAAGGAACUGCCUUUAGGCACAGCCCCUUCUUUGCGGAGCAGCUGACGGCGUUCCAGGUGUGGCUGACCAUGGGUGUGGAGAACCGCAACCCCCCAGAGCAGCUCCCCAUCGUCCUGCAG